CGCCGCCGCCGCCACCGCCACCGCCCGCCCGGCCCGGAGGAGCGCCGGACCCCGAGCGGCUGCGAGCGCACGCGAGCUGGCGAGGGCCGCGCGGACAGCGCCCUGAGCCCGCCCCGCGCCUGCGGGCCCCGCCGAGCAGGGGAGCGCCCCGGGAUGCCCCGGCGGCCCGGAGCGCGGGCAGCGGCAGCGGCGGCCGCGCCGUGAGGGCGGCGGCGCCCGCGGGACCCGCGACUGCCAGGAACUGCUGCCACUGCCAAGCCCCAUGGCCUACAUCCCUAGUGGGGGCGCCCCGGCCGCGGGGGCGGCGCCCAUGGGCUCCCAGUAUUGCGUGUGCAAGGUGGAGCUGUCAGUGAGUGGCCAGAACCUGCUGGACCGGGAUGUGACCUCCAAGUCUGACCCCUUCUGCGUCCUCUUUACAGAGAACGACGGCAGGUGGAUUGAGUAUGACAGGACGGAAACCGCGGUCAACAACCUCAACCCCGCGUUCUCCAAGAAGUUCGUCCUUGACUACCACUUCGAGGAAGUGCAGAAGCUCAAGUUCGCCCUAUUCGACCAGGACAAGUCCAGCACACAGCUGGAAGAGCAUGAUUUCCUGGGCCAGUUCUCCUGCAGCCUGGGCACGAUCGUCUCCAGCAAGAAGAUCACUCGGCCUCUGCUGCUGAUGAAUGACAAGCCUGCAGGGAAGGGCUUGAUUACGAUUGCCGCCCAGGAGCUGUCGGACAACCAGGUCAUCACACUGAGUCUGGCGGGCAGGAAGCUGGACAAGAAGGACCUCUUCGGAAAGUCAGACCCAUUUCUUGAGUUUUAUAAACCAGGAGAUGAUGGCAAGUGGAUGCUGGUUCACAGGACUGAGGUGAUCAAGUACACGCUGGACCCUGUGUGGAAACCAUUUACUGUACCGUUGGUAUCCCUGUGUGAUGGGGACAUGGAGAAGGCCAUCCAGGUCAUGUGUUACGACUACGACAACGACGGGGGCCAUGACUUCAUCGGCGAGUUCCAGACCUCGGUGUCGCGGAUGUGUGAGGCUCGUGAUGGCGUCCCGGUGGAGUUUGAGUGCAUCAACCCCAAGAAGCAAAGGAAGAAGAAGAACUAUAAAAACUCGGGCAUCAUUAUCCUGCGUUCCUGCAAGAUAAACCGGGACUACUCCUUCCUGGACUACAUCCUGGGAGGCUGCCAGCUCAUGUUCACUGUUGGGAUAGACUUCACAGCCUCCAACGGGAAUCCCCUUGACCCUUCCUCUUUGCACUAUAUCAACCCUAUGGGCACCAACGAGUAUCUGUCGGCCAUCUGGGCUGUCGGGCAGAUCAUUCAGGACUAUGACAGUGACAAGAUGUUUCCGGCUCUGGGCUUUGGGGCCCAGUUACCCCCAGACUGGAAGGUCUCCCAUGAGUUUGCCAUCAACUUCAACCCCACCAACCCCUUCUGCUCAGGUGUGGAUGGCAUCGCCCAGGCAUACUCGGCUUGCCUGCCCCAUAUCCGUUUCUAUGGUCCCACCAACUUCUCUCCCAUCGUCAACCACGUGGCGCGGUUUGCGGCCCAGGCCACACAGCAGCAGACGGCCACGCAGUACUUCAUCCUCCUCAUCAUCACGGACGGCGUCAUCAGUGACAUGGAGGAGACGCGCCACGCCGUGGUGCAGGCUUCCAAGCUGCCCAUGUCCAUCAUCAUCGUGGGCGUGGGCAACGCUGACUUCGCCGCCAUGGAGUUCCUGGACGGGGACAGCCGCACGCUGCGCUCGCACACCGGGGAGGAGGCGGCCCGUGACAUCGUGCAGUUCGUGCCCUUCCGAGAGUUCCGCAACGUUGAGUGGAUCAGUCAAGCAAGCCCUCUCCCAGCUGGCUCAAGUUCACAGGGGAAAGGAAUGUACCCAAACUCCUGACCAGGCCAAAUCACCACUUAAAAAAAAAAAAAACAAAGCCAAAAUAAGUCCUGGGGAUGUAAUUAAUAUACAGCCUGGUGACUACAGUUAAUACUGUAUUAUUGUGUAUCAGAAACCUGCCAAGAGCGUAGAUCUUAAAAGCUCUCAUCACAAGAAAAAUGGAUGGACCAUUCUGCAAUACUUACAAUAUUGAAUUGUUACCUGAAACUAGUAUCAAUAAUAUCUCAAUAAAACAGAGCCUUGGUGAUGCUGAUACUUGGUUCUUGGUACAUGGAAAGCAAGCUAAAAGUGAACUUGGAAAUCGGAAAUAUCCCUUCACCCUUCCAUCACUGCUGCAGACGCCUGGGCACUAGCAUUUGUUUAAAAAUUUCACUGAAACCACAGAAAACCAGACUUAAAGAGUUAAAGGCUCAAAUUAAAAUUCUGGUUCUGUCAACUAACUGUGCAACCUCACGCAAGUCACUGAACCACUAUGAAUUUCAAUUUUCUCUAUCAAAUGUAGAGAAGGGCUGCUUCACAGGACUUUUUUUUAGGAUGAAAGACACUACAGGCCACAAAAAUGGUCCACAAAUGUCCCAAACCGGGGCACGUGGGUGGCUCAGUUAAGCGGCUGCCUUCGGCUCAGGUCAUGAUUUCAGGGUUCUGGGAUCGAGCCCCGAGUCAGGCUCCCUACUCAGCGGGGAAUCUGCUUGUCCCUCUGCCCCUCUACCCCUCCCCUGCUUGUGUGCUCUCUCAAAUAAAUAAAAUCUUAA